AUGCCGAUCCACACCAUAGCGGAAAAGCUCUCCCACGUCGACACCAAGAAGCUCUCGACCGCCGUCGCCGUCGGCGUCGGCGCCUUGGCGCUCAAGGUCUACUCGGGCGGCAAGAAGAGCGUCUGGGAGCGCGAGUGGGGCGGCAAGCUCAUCAUCAUUGCCCUCGCGGCGUCGGGUAACCCGCUUGCACAGCUCAACUGCGAGCCUCUUCCGCCGACGCCCGAGGCUGUUCGCGACUUUGUGAAGAAGUGGACCUCGACUCCGGCCGGCACCACGGGCGAGGGCGGUCGCCGCGUGGAUGCGAUCGUCCUCGGCGGUAACUGGGAGUGCGGUAUCUACGACCAGUGGUCGGCGUGGGACCCCAGCACCCACCCCGGUGUCUCCUGGACGCCCCAGCAGAUGCACUUCCACCUCAUCACGUCGCUCCUUCCUCACCUCAUGAAGGCGCCCGCCGAGCGCAACAUUCGUAUUAUCGAGCUGGUCUCGCCUGGAUGGUCCUCGGCCCUUCCCGGUGUUGAGGCGACGAUGAAGGGCAAGCGCCCCGAACCGGACGAGGGCGUGCUCGCCGACGCCGGCAAGCGUGCCAUCGUCUCUCUGCUCGCUCAGGAGCGCCUCGCCCUUGUGCUCAACACUCUGGCGUCUGCAGAGUACUCGAAGCGCGAGGUUGUCCCAGACCCGAAUGCGCCCUCUACCAAGAAGCGUGACACCAGUGUGCAGAGCAACAUCCUCGCCCUGUCGGUUAUCAUGCCUUGGGCGCGUGAUGAGGUCGUGCACCCGAUCUGGGGCGAAGAUAGCCUCUUCAAGUGGUUCGCCUUGUACCCGCUCGUGCUUUUGUUCACGCCUUCGCCGGCUCAGUCUGUGCAGCCUAUCCUGUUCGCUUUGAACGCGCCGGUCGCGUACAUCAACGAUGCCUCCGCCGACUACACUGGCAAUACGGACAAGUCUGCAUCUGACAACCUCGGCAACGAGGAGGUGGACGGCUCGCAGCGCCCCAAGGAUCUCUCAAAGAAGGACGCACCUCUUCCCGAGUCGCAGCGCAGUGUCCGCCAGGGCUCGGUGAUUCGGGACUGCCAGACCAUCGAGCUGCCGCCUGUUCUGCGUGACGAGAAGCUGUCUCGUGCCACCUACGACCGCAUUGAGGAAGAGGUCAUGAAGGGCGUCACCGAGACUGAGGCGAAGGAGGGCAACCGUGGUCAGGCGAGCAAGCCCAAGGGCGCUAAGGGCGCGACGGCUGAGAAGCAGGCCAGCACUCCACUCAAGACCGGUGCCGCGCCCCCAAAGCGCAAGGAGGAGACUGUCACGCUCGACGUCGCCGGUGGCGUUCCCGGUCAGCAGCCCAGUCAGGCGGAGAAGGCUGCUGUCGACGGCAUGAAGGCUCAGGCCAAGGCGCAGGAGAUCGGGGACAAGAUCGACGUGGCUGCUUCGCGCGAGGAGCAGCACGUUGCCCAGCCCGAGGCGUCGGCAAAGGAGAAGGCCGACGAGAUCGCCAACGAUACCACCAGCACAGCCGACAAGAUCAGCCAGAAGGUCGACGAUGUUAAAGAGCAGGCCGACAAGAAGGCUGCCGAGGUCAAGCAACAGGUUGACCAGAAGGCUGGAGAGCUCAAGCAGCAAGUCGAUCAGAAGGCUGGCGAUGCCAAGCAGAAGGCGGGCCAGACCGACAAGGCCGUUAAGAACGACGCCGCCGACAAGAAGGCCAAGGCGGAGAAUGAUGAGAAGAACCUGGAGAAGAAGGUCCAGGAGAAGGCGAAGGAGCUCGACGUUCCCCCGCCCGAGACGAAGGAGCAGACCAAGGAGCGCGUCGAGAAGAUUAAGGAGAACGAGCCGAAGAAGGGCGAGUCGUUCGCCGACGCCAUCAAGGAGGGCACCCACGAGGACCACCACAAGCAGCAGCAGCAGAAGUCGGCCCAGCCCACUCAGGCUCAGCAGGGCACGGCCACGCAGCACACCGGCACGCACGACGCGCACGUGCACAAGGGCGAGUCAUUCGCCGACGCUAUCAGGGAGCACACCGGCGCUGCUCACCCCGCUCAGCAGGCCCAGGCCAAGUCUGGCACGCAGCACACCGGCACCCACGACGCCCACGUGCACAAGGGUGAGAGCUUCGCCGAUGCCAUCAAGGAGCACGCUGGUCAGCACCAGAACGCUUCGGCUCAGCACGCCCCGGCCCAGCAUCAGCAGGCUCCCCAGCAUGCUCAGCAGAAGCCUGCUGCCGCUCACGAUGCCCACGUUCACAAGGGCGAGUCGUUCGCCGAUGCCAUCAAGGAGCACAACGCCCACGCUGGUGCCCAGCACAACGGCUCCCAGCACACCCAGCAGCACCAGGCUCAGCACCCUCAGCAGACCCACGCUCAGCCCCAGCACCAGGCCCAGCACAAGCAGCAGGUGCAGCAUGAAUCGGAGCCCCCCGUCGUUAACCCCCCUGUUCAGACCCAUGUUCCCCAGGGCCAGGGCAAGGUGCACGCCGGCGAGAGCUUCGCGGCCGCGCUCAAGGAGCACACCAAGUAA